CUGUGGGGGCUUCUACGUCAUCAUAAUCGUCAUUAUUCCACGGCAGCAUCCAUCAAAUCGCCACCUCAGCAAAGCGACCAAGUUUCGGGCGGCCGACCGGAUCUGUGGCUGCAAGGUUGUCGACGACUGUCAUGGCGGCAAUCACCCGAACCCGUUGGUGGACACCAGCGGUGAGGGAUGGCGUCAAACUGAAGGAAUCCUAUCGGGCCUUUUUGCCCUGUGGAACUCCGCAGCCAGCUGGUGGGUAGCAGCUGUCCAAGCGGAACGCAGCUUUGGUGGUCGCUGAGGCAAAAACUCGAGUGUGGCAGGAGUUCGGUGAGGCCACGGAGAACGACUUCCGGGCGGCUUCGGGGAAAUUCUGGUCCGGCGUCUCAGGAGGGGGAAGCAAUGCACAGACCUCAACUCGGAUGUUAGGAGAUGAUGAAACGUCCUCUGGAGAAGCCGGACUUUUUCCAUGUCUCCGAGCUUUUCGCGGUCAAAGACUUGUUUGAUGCCAGAGUGCACCUUGGCCACAAGAAAGGAUGCAGACACAGGCUAAUGGUUCCUUACGUGUAUGGUUGCCGCUUGGACCAGGACAUCCUGGACCUGGACCAGACGGCGGAGCACCUGCGCCUGGCCCUCAACUUCACGGCGCACGUGGCGUACCGCGGCGGCGUGAUCCUCUUCGUUAGCCGCCGCCGCCAGUUCGGCCACCUGGUGGAGAGCACGGCGCGCGAGUGCGGCGAGUACGCCCACACGCGCUACUGGCAGGGCGGCCUGCUCACCAACGCUCACGUGCAGUACGGCGCCGGCGUGCGCCUGCCCGACCUCCUGAUCUUCCUGAGCACGCUCAACAACGUGUUCCGCUCACACGUGGGCCUGCGCGACGCCGCCAAGAUGAACAUCCCCACGGUGGGCGUGGUGGACUCUAAUUGCAACCCCAGCCUGGUCACGUACCCGGUGCCCGGCAACGACGACACGCCCGUCGCCGUGGAGCUCUACUGCCGCCUCUUCAAGAUGGCCGUCCGGCGCGGUAAGGACAAGAGGAAACAGAUGGAGCUGCUCUACGGCCUGACAGCGCCCACCUCAGCCGACCCGUGACCCCCGGUUAUUUAUUUAUGGUUCAAUAAAAGACACUCAUCAUCAUUCAUGUUUUAUUUUCAUUGUACGUUUAAUACUGAUUAUUAAAAACUAAAUGCAUUUGUUCA